CGGAUUAUGACCUCUGCUCUAUGCGUGGGUGGGGCUUGGCACACUGCGCAGUCACGGUCACGGCCAGUGAGGAUAGAACACCGUGAGGUGACCCGUACUACAAAUACGGGCACGUUUGGCACCUGCACCUCACUGUCUGCACAGAACAACAGCCCUGCAAGAGUAGGAACCUACAGGAAAGGAAACAGUUCAGGAACACCUAAGGUUUGACGUGGAUCAUGGAGACUCUACCCCUCCUCCUCUCGGUCCUACUCUUGGCCGGUAUGGCAUCGUCUCAGGAGAUGCCCCACGAGCACAUCCUGGCUCAGCUCCAGGCUUGCCCUAAAGAGUGCCGCUGCCCUCCCAGUUUCCCGAAUGCGGUCUACUGCGACAACAGGAGCCUAAAAAGGGUCCCCGUAAUCCCACCGUACACCUGGUACCUCUACCUGCAGAGCAAUGGAAUUGAGGUGCUGCCGGAGGAUGCUUUUCGCAAUGCCACUCAGCUCAAGUGGCUCAAUCUGAACCGUAACAAGUUGACCAAUGAGGGGAUCCAGGAAGGGGCACUCCGGGCACUGCCUAACCUGGUGCACCUGUACAUGGAGGACAACCAACUGACCUCUGUGCCCUCUCCCCUGCCCCCUAAACUGGAGCAGCUGCGCCUCUCCCGAAACCGCAUCUCCAAGAUCCCAGUGGGAGUGUUCGCUGACAUGGACAGCCUGACCCUGCUGGACUUGCAAGGGAACAAGCUCCAGGAUGAUGCUGUGACUGAGGUUAGCCUGAAAGGCCUGAGCAACCUAGUCCAGAUCAACCUGGCCAAGAACCAGCUUGGUAACAUGCCCCUGGGUCUGCCACCAACUAUGACUCAGAUCUACCUGGACAGCAACAACAUUCAAAAGAUCCCCGCGGAGUACUUCAAAGGAAUGCCCAAGUUGACUUUUCUCAGGCUCAACAACAACAAGCUGGACAAUGGUGGAGUUCCCAAGAAUGUGUUCAACAUUUCCAGCAUCAUGGAUCUGCAGUUGUCGUACAAUGAGUUGACCGAGAUUCCCCAAAUCCCAGCUAGCCUUGAGCAGUUACAUCUGGACCACAACAAGAUCAAGAGUGUAAAUGGAUCAGAUAUCUGCCCAGGGCCUGCUGGUGCUUUUGAUGACUACCACGAUGAGAAGAGUCCUCGUCUGCGCUACCUUCGUCUUGAUGGCAAUGAGAUCAAGCCUCCCAUCCCCCAGGACCUGAUGUUCUGUUUUAGGCGUCUCAGUGCCGUGGUCAUCUAGAGACCACUGCUGCCUCUGCUCUUGAACUUGUCGGAACCACAAGGGACAGAAAUCUACGUAGGCAAGGAUGUCUGAGGACAAGAUAACGGCAAAGAUUGUAGGCUAUUCGCGCAUCUGUGAACUACAUUCAAGAAACUGAAUCAUACUCACCUCUGCUAGUAAUAGCUUUGACUGGGAACCCUCAGCAUUAUCUUUCAGAUCAAUGUGCCUUUGAAAAUAUUUGUAUGAGAACAAAUAUUUUAGACAAACAAGCCAGGAUUUGGAUUUGGUCCGUUUCCACCCUUUUCUUCAUUCUGUCUAGAGGGUAGAAGGUAUAAUAAAACCCUAUGUUGGGUAUCUGUUGGUUGUUGUAGUUGAACAAAAUGUUUUGUCAUGAAAAUUUGUAUUUUCCCACAAGAAUAGUCAAUUAGUGAAAAGAACAAUUAUCUAAGAUGUCAUUUGGAACACAGGGAAAUCAUAUGUGUAAUUGGCCUAUGUGCUCCCAUGGUACGAAACCAUUGACCUUGGUGGUGUUAGCAUCUUAGCACCCCUCCUCUCAAGACCACCACAUAUUGAUAACAUUUAGCACAACACUCCAAAACUGACAAGGUUCUUUGUGAUCAACACCACACGAGAAGCGUGCUAUAUCAUGACGAUGACACACUGCAAACGCACAUUGGUUUGAUGCAGUUUUCAAAUAGUCAUGUUGGUGCUGAGGCAUCACAUAAGAUGCCGGAUUAAUGCAAUAAAUUAGAAAGACUUUUUUUCAGAAUGCAUUUCUUUUUCUUUUUUAAUUUUGUUGCAUGUGAACAAGUUCCAUCAGUUAAUGUUAUUUUCUACCUUACUGAAUGUUUGGAUUGGGGGUAUGUGGAUUAUGUACUAUCACUUUUUAAUUAUUUGUCAAAAGGUCACAUUUUAUACUACAUUUAAGAGAUAAUGAGACUUUGUCUUGUCUUGAUAGAUGAAAAAUAGAAUAAGAACCCAUGUGGCUUAGGAAUGCAUGUGAAUAAAAAUUUGGAUUAUUUUCAGCACAUUUGUUGCUGAAAUUCACUUAUGUGAAAAAAUAUUUAAAUAUCAUUAAAACUGCGACUCAACUGACUGCCAGUUGAAUAUAAUGUGAUCCUUUUGUAGCAAAAAAGGAAUUUAUUUCUUCCAUUUUGUACUGGGUGUUGAAUUGUACAUUGAAGAGUAAAUUACGUGUUAAUGCAAGAAGUUUAUCAUGAAUAUAAAGCUGGUUUCUAUGGUUGAAA